GUUUAGCAAAUAAAAAGUGCGAAGUUCUAAUGAUGGAUGUUCUUUUUUAUUUUCGCAGAGAGGCUAAACGUUUUGUACGAGAAGAAUUGGACUCAGCUGGUGACUGAGCAGUUGAAGAGGUUUGAAAGGGCGGUCGUUGAAUCCGGCAGAACAGACGGCACUCCAAGUUCGGCCCAUUCUCCUCAUUGGACGUUCGGAGGUGCUCUGCUUUAUUCCUUAACACUCCUAACAACCAUCGGCUAUGGGAAAUUAUCUCCGAGGACUGCAAUCGGAAAAGUGGUUGCCAUCGUUUACGCCCUAAUAGGUGUACCUCUUAUGCUAGUUCUCCUCUCCGCCCUUGGUUCUCUCUUAGCCGGAGGCGCGCGUAAAGGAUAUUCGAAGCUUUGCUGCAAGCAUAAAGUGCCAAAUAAUUCGAUUGUUGGUUACCACCGACCACCAACGAACAAUCAAACGAAACAUGCUUCUUGUAGAACCCAUGAAGAAUGUGUUAUUCAGAUUACAAACCCGAAUCAAAAUAAUUGUUAUAAGCCAAUGCAUGUUGUCGAACAUCAUGAAGAACCCCAAAAGAAGACGUUGCUGGCAACUGUUCGAGCAAGUCAUACCCGUGGGAGAUGCAGGCAAUUGCAGGUGAGACAAAUGUUGGCCGAUCCCCAGAUGUGCCCGGCGCAUGCACAUGGUACUCCUACGAGAAACACUAUGGGUCUAAUAGCAAGUUCAGAUAUCGAUGAAAACGAGGAAGGAGAUGAAAAUGACCAUGGGACAUGCAUACAUGAUACUCCAUCUAGAGUCCCUCUGAUCUAUAGACCUGAAUCAGUAUCCAAUCAAAUCUCACACAUGACAUCAUCAGUGCCUACUGUGCCAUCAUCCCUAGUCAUAUUCAUAUUCGUAGGAUACAUAUGCCUAGGCGCUGCAGCUUUCGCAACAACCAGCGGCUGGAGCUUCCUGGAUUCCGCAUACUUCUGUUUUAUUGCACUUACGACAAUAGGUUUAGGCGAUAGGAUUCCUCAGAGUCCAGAUCUGAGCUCGCAGAUGCAACUCUUUGCGUGCUGUCUGUACUUGUUUCUUGGACUCGUCAUCGUUGCAAUGUGCUUCAGCCUCGUCCACGAUGAAGUUGCUGCUAAAUGCAAGCAGUUUGCCAUCAACGUCGGACUUCUGAAGGACUAACGCAAUAAAACAGACGAUAAUCAAAAGGAUAACAGUAUAAUUAAAUAUAUACUCUGUAAAUAUAAUAACUUAAAACAAUUGAUUUCAUAUCAGAAAUAUUUAUCAGGCAUAACAAUAUCAAGCAUGUGUACAUAUUGGUUAAUUUUUAAACGUUUUGUUGAUCGUCUCUCAUUGUAUUGUAUUGUGAGAUGUU